UCAGCACCAUGGAGAGCCGACGCCACGGUCAGCCGCGACCUAUUCUCAUCGUUCUAAUUUUAUAUUAGCGACGUCUCUACAUAGACUGCGCAUAAACCCAAGAUGUAACAGGAGCCUUUCUGAAAUCGGUAACCUACUGGUGAAGUAGGAGUUAACGCUUGCUGUAUUACAUAACACAUUUGGGACAUUAGUCAUAUUUACGUCGGACUAGCGUAGCUGUGAGUCUCGGUCUAUUCAUGUGCUGUGUGAUUUGACCAAUAAUAGCAAAAGUGACCAUCCCGUUGACCAAUGUAAGAAAUGUAAGAGACAACACGGUCAAACUAAAACACGGGAAGAACGCUGGGCGCACAUACUGCUGUUCCAAAAUCCUCUUUGCAUCGUCUCUCUCAAGUCUCACUAGAAGAGACCCGCUUCUCAUAAGACCUACUGAGACCGUAAGUGUUUUCUGACUCAAGUAUGGGACCAUUCCAGGAAUACGAGGUGAAGAAGGCAUCAGGGAAGGGCAGCACUCGCAGUCGCAUCCCCCGCCCUGUCCUUCAGCCUUUCAAUUCUAAAGGGUCACCAAUUUCUGAGCUGCCCUUUUCUGAGGAGGAGAGUAAAUGCCAUGACAUCAGUACAGAACACUCGAAGAGAACUAUCAGUCCUAACAGCUUUUCAUCAGAUGACACUGGAUGCCCAAGCAGUCAGUGUGCAUCCCCAGUCAAGAUGGCCUCUGGCUGGGAGAACAGCCCUGAAGGUUCACCCCCAGCAAGGGAUCGCAAGGCUAAGGUCAAGAGGGUCCGAGUUAGUAUGAUGGCUGAGUGGACUCCCCCCACACAGAAGCAUAAGAGAGAGCAGCAGCAUCACUCUGCAUCGCACAGAGGAAGUGAGGCAGACUUCAAGACCCAUGAGAUUCUGGCCAACAGCUCCACCGUGAAGAAGAGUUGCUCGGCCCGCAGUCAUGUGCCCCACAUCAGGAAGCAGCCUGUGUUUAAGCCUCCAGGAAGCUCCAUUGCCCCACGCACAGCAGAACUAUAUACUCCCUACAGGACACCCCCCAAAACUCCCUUGUGUUCAACCAUCAGCAGCAACUCUAGCCCCACCAGCAGAAGAACUACUUCUGGGUGUUACCGAUCAUGCGGAGACAAUCAUGGCAUCAAUCCCCCCAACCCAGAGCAAUACCUAACCCCUCUACAACAAAAAGAAGUCACCAUUCGGCACCUGAAGACUAAACUUAAGGAGUCUGAGCAAACGCUUCAUGCCCGUGACUCUGAAAUCCAAGAAUUGAAUUCCCAGCUGGGACGGAUGCGUGAGGACUGGAUUGAGGAGGAAUGCCAUCGUGUGGAAGCACAGCUGGCUCUCAAGGAGGCACGCAAAGAGAUAAAACAGCUACGACAAGUUGUAGAGACCAUGAAGAACAGUCUGAUGGAGAAGGACAAGGGCAUCCAAAAGUAUUUCAUUGAUAUCAACAUCCAGAACAGGAAAUUGGAGUCCUUGCUGCAUAGCAUGGAGCUAGCCCAAAGUGGUGCCAGUUUGCAUGAUGAGCCCACUCUUGACUUCAUUGCUCACUCUCCUGAAAGGCCCCAUGCAGACAAACUGGAGGAGGAGCUUCAGGUGGAUGAUGAGGUGCUGGAAGAGAUGGUUGACAGUGGGCUGCCAGUAAAUGAUGAGAUGGCAAACCAAAUGGACAACCUGGAACAGGCCCUAUUGUCCACAGUAGUCGACUCUGGCCAAGACUGCAGUACCAAGCUCAUGAACCAGCCAAAACAAUCUACCAUUGUACAGGGUGCCUCAAAGGACACAGAGAAGAGCACAAAAGAUGAAAUCUCUAGAGAGGCAUCUGCUGAAGAGCAACAUGAGGAGAAGGCAGUGCAGACUGAGGAGGUCUUAUCUAGCCCUGACCUCCAGGCCCUGCUCUUGCAGCUGCUAAAGUUCCAGAACAAUGGGCUCUCCAGCCUGAUGACCCCUUCUACCAAAAUCCUCCAGAGGUUACCCAAAGCACAGAAAACCAACAUGCCCCAAGAAAAAACAGUUUUUCCAGUCCCCAGCUCAGAAAAUGGGGUUGGCCAAAUUCUGAAUGAUUCAACUCCAGACAAGUUGGUGAUUUCUCAAGACCCAGGUGGUUCAAAUCAAAGUUACUUGAAGGCUGAAAUGGAUCCAGUGUUCAUGGAAGAGCUAGACUUUGAUGCAAAGGAUGCUUCCAGCAGUGCUAAUAUGGCUGUGGUGGCGAAAAACCACUGGAGCAACAAUUUCUUGGUUGAUUUGGUUGCUGUAGCAGCACCUGUUCUUCCCACUGUGGCCUGGCUGUACUCACAGCAUGGUGUUGUUGGUGGGGCACCAGUCUACAAUAUUGUGGCAUUGAUUCGUGGGUGUUGCAUUAUGGGAUUGCACUCUCUUCGUCAUGUCACACAUGGGCCUCACAUGUAAUGGUCCUUCACAUAUGUAAUAAACACUUAGACAUUAAAGUACUUUGGUUUUGUACACUUUAUAUAUAUUUUUUCUUUUAGUUCCCACACCUGCUUUGCACCGUGUAUAUUUGCCAUACUUUUUGGGCAAAAUGGUAAACUUGAAGGAAUUUGUUUUUGUUUUUGUUGUAAGUUUGUUGUACUGCUCUUUGCUAUGACUUGAUCAUCUGGGUAGUUGGUCAUGUUCCUACUGUAUUUAUCAAGUUUGUAUUCCUGAAUAACUAAAAGCCAAAGUUUGGUCAGUAUUUGUGUUCAGUGAAGAUGGAUUUUCCCCUCUUGAGUUAUAGCAUUUUACGUUUCUCUCAGUGAACUUGCCUAAUUGCUAAAGAUGGUCAUUGCUAUAGUACAAAUAUUAUAUGCCUGAGCUACAUGCAGUAUUUGUAUCAGAUGUCAUAUUUAUUAUUAAAGCAUGGUAACCCAAUUCAUGCUUGAAAUUUUAUUUUUUUAAAUUGUGGUAGGAAUGGCUUUAGUCUGCUAAGUCAUUAUUUAAAUCAUGUGUUGCUUCAGGUAAAGAAAGAAAUUAGUGACCUGUGAUCUAAAGUAAGCCCUUUCAUGUGUGAAAUAUGGCUGAAAAAUAAA